GCACAACGAAACUCUUCACUCGCGCAUCCUCGCUUAUUUGAGGACCUCCAGUGUUGGCUAGUAUACCUUGACGUGCUAGCAAGCCCACGGAUUUGCCGGCCCUUGAGAGACCAUUCCUUUUCUUGCCCAACCUGUCACCAUGGCCUCGUCUGAGUUAUACCAUCAGCCAACGGCGCUUAUCGUGAUCUCCUCAGUAUCAAUAGGCCUAGGCGCCAUUGCAGCAGCAUGGAUCUUACUCGACAUUAUCUGGCGACGAGGCUGGCGGUCGAUGAUGUAUAUUAUGAUUCCGGUAUAUGUUAUCAAUGCGCUGUAUCUGUGGCCGAUCACGCUGUGGGUAUAUAUCAAGUAUGGCCGACCUCCACCGCCACAGAAGUAUGGCGAGACCGGUACGCAGGAAGUGCAUCAACCUCCUACUGCGAAUGUUAGUGGAACAGCUGGUGAGGAGACAGCGCGACACAUGGAUAGGAGGAACAUUAUCGACGGACUCCCGAAUACCGAGGGUGACGGCGAGCAGAAUGACCUGGAAACGGGGAUUCCUAGAGAGCAUGAAGCGAAUGAGUACUAUCACUCGGCGGAAAACGAAGAUUACCAGAAGGAGAGUGCAGGAGACGGAGAGCAGCGCGAACACCUCGAGCACCAUCACAAGGAUUCCGGGCGUCCAAUGUUCGUGACGGUGACUGUGGGAGUCUGUCACUGCGGUGCAGGUUGCGUACUGGGCGAUAUCGUUGGCGAAUGGCUCGUUUACGGUACAAAUGCAGCCUUCGGCACCCCUCCUCGUCUCCUUUGGGCUGAAAUGCUCGUCGACUUCGGUUUUGCCUUUGCAUUCGGCAUCAUCUUCCAGUAUUUCUCUAUCGCACCUAUGGCAAAUGAGUAUGGUCCGAAGAUUGUCUAUCGAGCCCUCAAGGCCGACGCGCUUUCGCUGUUAUUCUUCGAGAUUGGGUUGUUCGGUUGGAUGGCGAUCUUCCAGAUCGCAAUUUUUCAGUGGGGUUUGGAAAUGCCGACGGUCACGUAUUGGUGGAUGAUGCAGAUUGGUAUGUUCUUGGGUCAUUGGACGGGCGUACCGAUUAAUUGGUGGUUGAUUAAGACCGGGGUUAAGAUGCCCUGUGCUUAGGCUUCUGAGGACCAAAUAAAUGGAUCUCGAUGAUUUAUUGUCUGUUCGAGUCUGAAGAAAACAUCAUGCCCAUGGAGACGGUUUCGAAAGACAUGAGUUGAUCCUUGGUUGAUCAAAAGGAUCAAAAGUGGUUUCUUGAUGAUUGCCACCGUCCUCUCCACCCAUAACAAGAUAGGGAUUUCCUUGAUAAUGCUUUGGUUGGCGACACCAUUUCCAACCUGUACCACUGCCAGAAUGAAGUGC